GAUGGACGACUCGGGGAUUAUCCGCAGGCGCCGGCUCCAGAAAGACCUGCCGUUGCCGCGGAAAAGCAGCAGCUGCCGAACCAGUAACAGGAAGAGCCUGAUCCUGACCAGCACGUCCCCGACGCUGCCGCGGCCCCACUCCCCCCUCCCGGGUCACAUCGGCAGCAGCCCCCUGGACAGCCCGAGGAACUUCUCCCCCAAUGCACCCGCCCACUUCUCCUUCACCACCUCGCGCAGGGCAGACGGGCGCCGCUGGUCUCUGGCUUCCCUUCCCUCCUCUGGAUAUGGAACCAACACGCCCAGCUCCACUGUGUCGUCAUCCUGCUCAUCCCAGGAGCGGCUGCACCAGCUGCCCUACCAGCCCACCAUGGACGAGCUGCAUUUCCUCUCCAAGCACUUCGGCAGCACCGAGAGCAUCACGGACGACGAUGGGGGGCGCCGCUCCCCCGCCGUGCGCCCCCGGUCCCGGAGCCUCAGCCCGGGCCGCUCCCCCUCCUCCUACGACAACGAGAUAGUGAUGAUGAACCAUGUGUACAAGGAACGGUUCCCCAAGGCCACGGCGCAGAUGGAGGAGAAGCUGCAGGAUUUCAUCACGGCCUUCGAGCCGGAGAGCGUGCUGCCCCUGGCCGACGGGGCACUCAGCUUCAUCCACCACCAGGUGAUCGAGCUGGCCCGGGACUGCCUGGCCAAGGCCCGCGAGGGGCUGAUCACCAGCAUCUACUUCUACGAGCUGCAGGAGAACAUGGAGAAGCUCCUGCAGGACGCCUACGAGCGCUCGGAGAGCCUGGAAGUCGCCUUCGUGACCCAGCUGGUGAAGAAGCUGCUGAUCAUCAUCUCCCGCCCGGCGCGGCUCCUGGAGUGCCUGGAGUUUAACCCCGAGGAGUUUUACCACCUGCUGGAGGCGGCUGAGGAUCACGCCAAGGAGGGACACCUGAUGAAGACGGACAUUCCCCGCUACAUCAUCAGCCAACUGGGCCUCACCCGCGACCCCUUCACAGACAUGGUGCAUCUGGAGGAACACGACAGCGGUGGAUCCAACACGCCCGAGACAGACGAAUUCAUGGAGGGCCGUGGAGCUGCCCUGAAACACAAGAAACCGCCCGGAGAAGGGGACUUUGAAACCAUCAAACUUAUUAGCAAUGGAGCCUAUGGGGCCGUGUUCUGUCCUAACGGCGCCGGGGGGUAUGAGGGGAAUCCUCCUCCCAGGGUAAACUGGGUCUCUCUGGCUCCCCUGGCAGGUGGGGACUGUGCCACGCUGCUGAAGAACAUUGGGGCCCUGCCUGUGGAGCUGGCGCGAAUGUACUUCGCCGAGACCGUGCUGGCCCUGGAGUAUCUGCACAACUAUGGCAUUGUCCACCGCGACCUCAAACCCGACAACCUGCUCAUCACUUCCAUGGGGCACAUCAAGCUGACAGACUUUGGCCUCUCCAAGAUGGGGCUGAUGAGCCUCACGACCAACCUGUACGAGGGCCACAUCGAGAAGGACGCCCGCGAGUUCCUGGACAAGCAGGUGUGCGGGACCCCCGAGUACAUCGCGCCCGAGGUGAUCCUGCGGCAGGGCUACGGGAAGCCGGUGGACUGGUGGGCCAUGGGCAUCAUCCUGUACGAGUUCCUGGUGGGCUGCGUCCCCUUCUUCGGGGACACCCCCGAGGAGCUCUUCGGGCAGGUCAUCAGCGACGACAUCCUGUGGCCGGAUGGGGAGGAGGCCCUGCCCGCGGAUGCCCAACACCUCAUCUCCUGCCUGCUGCAGACCGACCCGCUCGUCCGCCUGGGGGCCGGUGGCGCGUUCGAGGUGAAGCAACACAACUUCUUCAAGGAACUCGACUGGGCGGGGCUGCUGCGCCACAAGGCCGAGUUCAUCCCCCACCUGGAGUCGGAGGAGGACACCAGCUACUUCGACACUCGUUCGGACAAGUACCACCACAUCAACUCGUACGACGAGGACGACACGACGGAGGAUGAGCCGGUGGAAAUCCGGCAGUUCUCGUCCUGCUCCCCCAGGUUCAGCAAGGUGGGACCGCGUAACACCGAAGGCAAAGGGCUGCCCCAUCUGGGGCGCCUGGGGCAGUGGUUGUGUGGGAUGAGUUUGUGUGUGUUGGUUAGAGCAGGGAGGCUGGGGCUCAGGACUCCUGGGUCUCCCGGCAGGGCCCCAGGGUGCCGUGCUGGUCUCACACGCCCCUGUCUCUCUGCAGUGGAGCAGCACGCCAGCUCCCCCCUGGCCAGCCCCAUGUCACCCCGCUCCCUCUCCUCGAACCCGUCCUCGCGGGACUCGUCCCCGAGCCGCGACUACUCGCCCGCCGUCACCGUCCUGCGCUCGCCCAUCACCAUCCAGCGCUCCGGCAAGAAGUACGGCUUCACGCUGCGCGCCAUCCGCGUCUACAUGGGCGACAGCGACGUCUACAGCGUCCACCACAUCGUCUGGAAGCAAACCCAGAUGGCUCUGAGACUCGUGGCGACCGGGCUGCUGAGAUGCCGCAGCUGCCGCGUGGCGGGGGUCGGCGCCAUCCGGCCCCAGGGCACCAUAGCGGCACAGAAGGGUGAGUAG